GCCGCUACUGCCAUUACUCCUGCCAGCUAUUCUGGACAAGAAAGGGAGAGGGUGAGGCUGUGUCAGCUUUCCCUUGUCCUUUCAUCUUCUGCUCAGUUCUGCUGUUUCUUAACCGUGGGGAACCGAAGUCUUCGUACUGGGGCAAAUCAGCAAAAUCUGGGCUCACCUUCUGGUCUAGGCUGGGGCAGGUAUCGGGUUUGGGUUCAGGUUCUGGUCAGGGCUGGGCUGCAGAGCAGCUCCAAGUCUCCAACUAGAAGGUCUCAUAAAAGUUUCUCCCAUGACUCCUGCCCAUUCCAGAGGCCCUCCGUGCCCUGGCUCAUUCACCACAGCCGAGAGGGCUGGUCCCAUGAGGAACCAGGAUGUCUGUGUGCCACCCUCUGCAACAACAGCGUCGGUCCUCAUGAGGAGCACCCUGUGGUUGAAGAGCCCUUGAAUAUGCUAGAUCCCAGCUGGCCCUCCCAGGCGCUCAGGGGCAUGACAGAUGGUCCUCGGUCAGAUGUGGGCCGCUGGGGUGGGAACCCCUGGCAGCCCCCAACCACACCUUCUCCAGAGCCAGAGCCAGAGCCAGAGCCAGACAGAGGGUCUCGCCGAGGAGGCCGUUCCUUCUGGGCUCGCUGCUGUGCCUGCUGCUCCUGCCGAAAUGGGACAGAUGGCGAUGGGGGCCCUGAGCCCUACGGAGGUCGAGGGUCUCACUCUGGAAGUCGAAGACCGGACUCCCGGGGCUCAGGUUCCCGCCGACCUGGCUCCCGGACCGGCGAUGUGAACGCCGCUGGAGAUGGCACCAUCCGAGAGGGCAUGCUGGUGGUGACCGGUGUGGAUCUGCUGAGUGCACGGUCAGACCAGAACCGCCGGGAGCACCACACAGACGAGUUUGAGUACGAUGAGCUGAUUAUACGCCGUGGACAGCCUUUCCACGUGGUCCUCCACUUUUCUCGGCCCUAUGAGUCCUCUGAUCAUGUCGCCCUGGAGCUGCUUAUUGGAAACAACCCCGAGGUGGGGAAGGGCACGCACGUGAUCAUCCCGGUGGGCAAGGGGGGCAGUGGAGGCUGGAAAGCCCAGGUGACCAAGGCCAGUGGGCAGAAUCUGAACCUCCGGGUCCACACCUCCCCCAACGCCAUCAUCGGCAAGUUUCAGUUCACCAUCCGCACACGCUGCGAGGCUGGCGAGUUCCAGUUGCCCUUUGACCCCAGCAACGAGAUCUACAUCCUCUUCAAUCCCUGGUGCCCAGAGGACAUCGUGUACGUGGACCAUGAGGAUUGGCGACAAGAGUAUGUGCUUAAUGAGUCUGGGAGAAUCUACUAUGGGACUGAAGCCCAGAUUGGUGAGCGGACCUGGAACUAUGGACAGUUUGAUCAUGGAGUGCUAGAUGCCUGCCUGUACAUCCUGGACCGGCGGGGAAUGCCAUAUGGAGGCCGUGGGGACCCCGUCAGUGUCUCCCGGGUCAUCUCUGCCAUGGUAAAUUCCUUGGAUGACAAUGGGGUCCUGAUUGGAAACUGGUCUGGUGAUUACUCUCGAGGCACCAACCCUUCAGCAUGGGUGGGCAGCGUGGAGAUCCUACUCAGCUACCUACGCACUGGCUAUUCCGUCCCCUAUGGCCAGUGCUGGGUCUUCGCCGGCGUGACCACCACAGUGCUGCGUUGCCUGGGCCUGGCUACCCGCACUGUCACCAACUUCAACUCGGCACACGACACCGACACAUCUCUCACCAUGGACAUCUACUUUGAUGAGAACAUGAAGCCCCUGGAACACCUGAACCAUGAUUCUGUUUGGAACUUCCACGUGUGGAACGACUGCUGGAUGAAGAGGCCAGAUUUGCCGUCGGGCUUUGAUGGGUGGCAGGUGGUGGACGCUACGCCCCAGGAGACCAGCAGCGGCAUCUUCUGCUGUGGGCCCUGCUCUGUGGAGUCCAUCAAGAAUGGCCUGGUCUACAUGAAAUAUGACACACCCUUCAUUUUUGCCGAGGUCAACAGUGACAAAGUUUACUGGCAGCGACAGGAUGAUGGCAGCUUCAAAAUCGUGUAUGUAGAGGAGAAGGCCAUUGGCACACUCAUCAUCACAAAGGCCAUCGGAUCCAACAUGCGGGACGAUGUCACCCACGUGUAUAAACACCCAGAAGGCUCAGAAGCAGAGCGGAAGGCAGUGGAGACAGCAGCCACACAUGGCAGCAAACCUAACGUGUACUCCAGCCGCGACUCGGCAGAGGAUGUGGCCAUGCAGGUGGAGGCCCAGGACGCAGUGAUGGGGCAGGACCUGGCAGUCUCCGUGGUGCUGACCAAUCGCGGUGGCAGCCCCCGCACCGUGAAGCUGCACCUCUACCUCUCGGUCACCUUCUACACCGGGGUCACAGGGCCUGUGUUCAAGGAGAGCAAGAAGGAAGUGGUGCUGGCACCAGGGGCCUCGGACCGCGUGUCCAUGCCUGUGGCCUACAAGGAAUACCGGCCCCACCUUGUAGACCAGGGCUCCAUGCUGCUCAAUGUCUCGGGCCACGUCAAGGAGAGUGGCCAGGUGCUGGCCAAGCAGCAUACCUUCCGUCUGCGCACCCCAGACCUCUCCCUCACAUUAUUGGGGGCAGCUGUGGUUGGCCAGGAGUGCGAAGUACAGAUUGUCUUCAGGAACCCCCUGCCUGUCACCCUCACCAACGUCGUCUUCCGGCUUGAGGGCUCCGGCCUACAGAGACCCAAGAUCCUCAAUGUGGGGGACAUUGGGGGCAACGAGACAGUGACAUUGCACCAGAAGUUCGUGCCUGUGCGACCAGGCCCCCGCCAGCUCAUCGCCAGCUUGGAUAGCCCACAGCUCUCCCAGGUGCAUGGUGUCAUCCAAGUGGACGUGGCUCCGGCCCCUGGGGGUGGGGGUGUCUUCGCAGAUGCUGGAGGCGACAGUCACUCAGGGGAGACCAUCCCUAUGGCAUCUCGGGGUGGGGCUUAGCCCCUGGCCAGGAGUGAUGAGACUGGAGUCAGAUGAGCAAGGACAUUGCCUCAAGUCAGGGGCCUACUGCAGAGCUGCUCCCCAGAGGCCCAGGAGGGGAGGCUGGGGCAUCUGGGGAGGGAGCCAUUCUUUACUUGCACAGAGCAGCACAGAUGCUAAUAAACUAUUUUUUAAUGAACUGUUUUUAAGGAAACUGUUCUGUCCAUUUGUGAGUUCAUGCCAGGCCAAGGAGUGUGGACUUACAGUCUGUCCCAGGGACGCAUGGGACAUUUCUGGCGCUGCUGGAUCAGAGAAGGCUGGCUGGUGGGUCAGCAAUGGGACCAGCUCAGCAGCUCUCGAGAUAGGGCUGCUUAGCACCAGGACAACCUUGAGUGUUUGACCCACCCCCAACCCCAGGGUGCAGCUACUGACCAAAACCCUUUGGAAGCCCCCUGGAGUGGGGUUGGACUGCCUCCCUUC